ACGACAAUCGGGACCGCGACACGCUGGAGAGGCUGAAGGCGGAGAGGCAGGCGCAUUUGGACGAGCUCAAGGAGCGCACCAACUACUACAAGACGCUGCAGAUCAUUCAGCAAUACGAGAAGGAUCCUGGCUGGUCGGCCGCAGACCCGUUGACAGCAGCAGCAGCAGGUACUGCUGGCGCGAAGGCUGGUAAUGCUGCCGGUUCAAAGGGCCUCCCUGGAGCUGGUACUGGUGCGGGUGCUGCUGGCUCUGCUGGUGUGCUUGGCAAGGGACGUAGGACGAGCUCUCUCCCCUCCUUCCAAACUCCCCACACGCCCCACACGCCCUCCUCCUCCCUGCUACCAUCUAUUGUGGGCGUCAUUGGCGGUGGUGCGUCUGGUGCGUCUGCUGACACCAACGGUAUCGCCUCCCCUGAUGCUGCUGCAUACGGCGCUACGGGUGCGGCAGGGGCGGCAGGAGGAGUGGGAGGGGGGGGUGGAUUCAUGGGCGGAAAGGGAGGGUACCAUCAGGAGGAGGCAGCAGCAGGGGCAGUGAGUUUGAGCAGCCCUGCUGGUCUGCGCCGGCGCAGGGGGAGUGGGAAUCAUGGGAGCGCGGGAGUGAGUCCUGGGGCGGCUGGGGGACUGGUCGCGGGCGGGGGAGGAGGCGGAGGAGGGGGAGGGGGAGCGGGAGGAGCAGGUGGGGCGGAUGCAGGUAACUCGUUUGGGGGAGGGGCGCUGGGGUGGAUUGCGGGGUUGAUUUUGGGGGAUGCGGUGGCAGGGGAAGGAGGGGCGGCAGCAGGGGGAAGUGGAGCAGGCGCAGGAGCAGGAGCGGGAGCGGGAGAAGCAGUGAAAUCGCCCUCGCUCUUGCUCCCAGGGCCUCUGGCCUCUACACCAUCGCACAGCCGCAGCAGCAGCGGUGGUGGUGGUGGCAGCGCGGUAGCAGCAGUAGCUGGGCGCCCGUCUAGUGGGGCGUUUGGCCAUGCAGCAGGGGCGGAGGGGGGGAGGGAAAUAGCAGGGUUGGGGGUAUCAGCGCACGGGUAUGGGGAUCGAGGGAUUUCGAAUUCCGGGUUGGGAAUGGGCGCCCCUGGUGCUGGUGGUGGUGGUGGUGGUUAUGGUGGAAGUGGUUGGGGGGGCGGGGGGAGUGGAGCAGGAGCGAGGAGGACAGGGAGGGCGUCGGAAGAGGGGUGGAUGGCGAGGAUAGCAGCGAUGCUGGUGGGGGAGGAUGCCACACAGUGCUAUGCACUCAUCUGCCACAAGUGCUUCAGCCACAAUGGCUUGGCGCGCAAGGAGGACUUUCCCUACAUCACCUACAUCUGCCCCCACUGCCGCCACCUAAACCAAGCACCCGCUGCCACCCAGCAGCAGCCGCAGCAGCACCACCAAAUUUCCCAUCCCCACCCGCAGCAGCAGCAGUAUCAUGACCAAAGUGGCAGUGGCAGCGGUGGAAUAGGGGGGUUGGCAAGCGUUGGUGAUGGUGGUGUGGGAGGUGCAGGUGGUGGUGGUGGGGAUAGGGGUGCAGAUGAGGGUGCGGGUUCGUCAGGGCCAUCCAGGGCGUCUAGUAGUGUGUCUUCUCCCACUGGUGCUGCGACUGUUGGUGGUGAUGGCAGGAGGGGGCUGAGGCGAGGGCGGAGUGUGGGGCGCCGGGCACCUAAGCUUGCGGCUGGGACGGAUGGAGGAAGUGGUGAUGGGAGUGGCUUGGAUGAGGGUGAUUGGAGCAUCGUGAGCGGCGGUGGGGAAGUUGAGAAAGCUAAGGUGGAGGCCAACAAGGGGUGGACCUCGGAGCAGUCCCCGUAUGAGACUCUCGGAAUCGAGCGCGACGCGGGGGAGAACGAGAUCAAGUCGGCCUACAGACGACUCGUGAAGCGGUUCCAUCCCGAUGUGUACAAUGCUUCAAGCGGCAGUGGGGACGAGGGGGAGGCGGGGGUAAAGGCGGAGGCGCAGGGAGGCGCGGAAGGGGAGGGGGAGACGGCGGAGGCGCGGUUCAUCCGCAUACAGGCAGCAUAUGAGCUGCUCAUGGACCGGGACGAGCGCCGCCAGUAUGACAUAGACAACAGAGUUGAUCCCAUGAAGGCGAGCAAGGCGUGGGUGGAGUGGGUGCGGCGGAAGAAGAAGGCGUUUGACCAGCGGGGGGACAUGGCUAUGUCGGCAUGGGCGGAGCAGCAGCAGCGCGAGCUCAACCUGCGCGCCAGACAGCUCUCCAAGGACAAGUCGGACCCCGACGAGAGGAGGAUUCUGGCGAGGGAGCGCGCAGCAGCCAUGGAGGCUGCAGCGACGGUGAUCAAGCGCCAGUCGCUCGUGCUCAAGAAGCGCGACCUGGAACGCCGCCGCGCUGAGGAAGCUGCCAAGAAGCGUCUCGUGGCGGACCUGCUGGCUUUGGAGGGGCACGCGUACAUGAUAGACCCGCGCACCAAGCGCCAGGGGGAGCCGUACCUGGCAUACAACCAGAGGCGCUGGGGGGGCGACGGCUGGACCACCUCCCUCAGACGCUCGGGUGCUCGCAGCGGGCUCAAAUUCGGGGACUGGCAGUGGUGGCCGCACACCCUCAAUGCACACAGGUUGGUGCAUGCAGCAACGCAGCAGGGCAAGGGCAGUGAGGCGAAGCAGCGGCUGUUUGAGAUGACGUACGAGGAGGGCCGCAACGUGUCUGACGCCUCAGAGCUGGCUGCCGCUGCGGCUGACCUCGGCCUCUCUCACAUCGACUCUCCUGCCUACUUCGAAUCGGAGGAGGGGAAGCAGGAGGUGCUGGAGGACGACGCCUACGGAAAGGACAAGCUGAGGAUCACUGGGGUUCCCUUCUUUCUUGUUGACAGCAAGUUCAGUAUUGCAGGCUGCCAGGAAACCGCAGUGUUCCGGCAGGCUUUUGAGAAGGCGCUUGUCAGAUGA